UUUGCACUUGUACAUUUCUCAUCACACAUUCUCAUUUACUAACGUAUCAACCUUUGGCCCCCCUCAGAUAUUACACCAUUCAUCAUCCCGCGUCCUUGGUGUAGACUUUAAUAUCCCGUAUUUUCAUUCUCGAGUUUAUUAUUUCAAAACGGAGUUUAUUCGACGAAGAAAUUUCAAAACAACAACAAUGAAGGUGGGAGAAAGUGGUUUUAUUUCUAAGGAAGAAACACAUUUCACUGUUUGUAAAACAUCUCUAUUCUUUACGGGUGAUGGUUUUACGGUCUAUGAUAACCACGGUGAUCUCGUCUUUCGAGUCGACUCGUAUGGUCCCGAUUGGCGUGAUCAAGAUGAAAUCGUUCUUAUGGAUGCCUCCGGUCAUUGCCUUCUCACCGUUCGUCGUAAGAGACCAAGCUUGCACAAUAGAUGGGAAGGUUACACCGGAGAAAGAACCGAAGGAUCAAAGCCAAUAUUUAGUGUGAAAAGAUCAUCGAUAAUCGGACGGUCAGGAGUGACCGUAGAAGGGUACCAAAAUCCAGGGGAAGAGUAUUUAAUAGACGGUUCAUUUAUACAAAGAAGUUGUACCAUAUAUGAUGCUACAACUAGGGAAGUUAUGGCCGAAAUACGAAGAAAAGUGGACACUUCAUCUAACGUGGUGUUGGGUAAAGACGUCUUUUCGUUACUUGUAAAGCCCGGUUUUGAUGCCGCCUUUGCUAUGGGCCUUGUGUUGGUGUUGGACCAGAUUAAUUCCGAAGGGCUAGUCGAUGCCAUUUCUAGUUCCGAAUCGGAUGGUUCCAAUGGUAGCGGUAAUGACUCCGUGUAAUAAUAUGUCUCUAGUUAUUGGAUCGUCUAGUUUGUUUAAAAUGUGAGAAACGGACAUUUAAUCGUAAAUCUCCGGUUACUAGACCAUCUAAUAACGUGAGAAGCUCAUUUGUCAUCGACUCUGGCCCGAACGGGCCCAUGUUUUUUUUUUUUCAAUUUCUUCUUCUCUUUUAGUUUUUUUUUUUUUUUUUUUUUUUUCAAAUUUUGGGCUAUGGUAGUUUUUUUUUUCCUUAAUGUGGGCCUUAUGACAACGUGUAAUCUGGUUAUCGAUUAGGUGGUCCAUUUGUUGCUGUCUUUGUGUUUGAGAUAUUUUUGAUGUAAAUUAUAAAUUCGCAAAUUACUCAAAAAAAAAAAAAAAAAAAAAAAAAAAGAAAGAAAGAAAAAUAAUGCUAAACUACCUUUUUAAAGAUUUAUCCCUCCAAAAAAAAAAAAAAAAAAAGUUGAUCUGUCUAUUUCAAGGUUGGUUGGAUUUUUGUUGAUCUUUCCUGUUUUUGAUUUGAUGAUUUUGAUCAUCGUCGGUAUUGUUGAUGUAAUCUCAAGCGGUUUAAGAAUGUUCACAA